UCACAUGAGAAAGAAGUGGGGCCCAGGUUGAUCCCACUUUUUUUAUUGAUCCGGAAGAAUUUAAGGUUAUUGUUUUGAUUUAAAUAAAUCAGUAAAUCUAGAUAACUGAGUGGCAUCAGACACUUGAAAAAAUGUUCGGUGGCGGCAUGGAUGACGAAGAAGGAGACUUUGGCUCUUCACUAUCGUCAGGGUCAAAGCUGGGGUCAUUGUUUGGUAUGGAUCGUGCUAAUACUCAAGAUGGCAACCAGUCCUUACAGUAUACCGCCCCCAAGCAACCGAAGAAAGGAAAAACAUCCUCCAAAUCUGGAGGCGGAAGUGGUACUGAAGGCUCACAAGCACAAGUGCUACAUGCUGUUGCCGUACAUGCAUUUAGAUACACAAACAGCCAGUAUGUAAAACAAGGAAAACUAGGGGCAGCCAUAUUAGGAUAUCAUGGAAUCGCAGAUUACAAGCUUCUAUUAUACGUCAGCAAGCAGCAACAAGUUACACAUGCAAAGAUUUCUCCAAACUUUACAUUCACAGUCCAGGCAAAUAACUAUGCUACAUUCUAUGAUGAACAACGUCAGAACUGGUCACUGAUGUUCGACAGCGAAGACUCUGCAUUUGAAUUUUCUAAACAGAUUGGUCUAGCAAAAUUUAACUCAAGUGGUGGGAGUGCGAACAACGUGGUGUACCAAGAGCUACGGCUUGGCCAGGGACCAACUUUGCAAGAAGGCGACUCAGUGGAAGUGAAAUACACAGGGUGGCUACUGGAAAACAAAGCGAUAGGAACAGCAUUUGAUAGUAACAUGACAAUGGACAAGGCAUUUCGAUUUAAGAUUGGCAAGGGAAAGGUCAUUAAGGGGUGGGACCAAGGUGUGAUUGGUAUGAAGAAAGGUGGUAAACGUUUAUUAGUUGUACCUUCAAACAUGGCAUAUGGUUCAAGAGGCAUGGGCUCCAGGAUACCACCAAAUGCAACCCUCAUAUUUGAGAUUGAGAUACGAAAGAUCAAGUUCGGAAGAGAACGUGAUGACACAGGAUCGUUGUCAUCUGCAUCUGAGAGUAUCGAUCCGCCUAUGAGGGCGCUGCCUGAUGAACCUAUUGGCCUCAGCAUUCCAAACAACAACGACAUGAAGAUGCAGUCAAACUCCUCAGAUCAUCUAUCAACUAGCCCAGGCCCAAACAAGGCUAAGUUGAUUUCCAGGAUGGCAAAGAUGGGCCAGCCAAUGCUACCUCUGUCAUCAACUCCAGGCCAAGACAGCACAGAUUCAGAUGUAGAGGAACACUCUCCGGCUGAAAUGACCGGGCAUACGUCACAUAUAGUCAAUAAACGGCCAGCUCGAGCACCCAAGCCAGUCCCAAGGAAUGGUCACAUGCCUGAUCCUAACCAACUUAGCCAUGGACAACAAACCAACUUGAGCAACCAAUCACAACAAAUGCAUGGAAUUCAUCCUCAUCAACAACAGAUAGCCAUCUACCAAUCACGACCCCAGGUGCAGCAGCAGCAACAGCCACAGCAACCAUCCCAGCAACCACCUCAGACGCAGCCCCCACCCUAUGGUUACAUGCAGGUACCGACAGUACCCAAGUCUGAGCCUGCAGUUAAUUAUCCGCAGGUUUCUACUGGUUACAAUUACCAGGGACAGCCUCAACAAACCCAGCCUAAUCUUGUACAGCCAGGUCAAUUCAACACCGGUGUCUACCCUCAACCUUCAAUGGUCCCAUCCGACCUCCAAUCACCAGCCAUUAUCACAGAGACGCGGCAGUGCCACUCCGACAUGAAGCUCGCCAUCGGGAUGGUAUCUGAGAAAAUUGACCGUCUCUCCAGUAAGCUUGACCAUAUUAACACCGACCGGUUCAAGAAGGAGCUAGAGUCAUCGGUCCCGCACAUGGAAGGCAACAUCUUGAUGCAGAAUAUCCAGCGAAUUGUCCAAGAGAAUGAACGUCUGCAGAAGGAACUCUACGAUAAAAAUAGCAAAAUUGAAAUCCAGAACGAUAAGAUAUCUGAAUUACUCCAACGCAACCAAAAACCAUCUUUUAAAGAAAUGUUUGAAAAAAAGAAAUAUGUUGAGCAGAGCAAUAGUCUAUUGGAGCAAAGGAACGAUUCAUUCAAACAGUCAUCUCAUCAGUCGCAAUCAAGGGUUCUAGAACUAGAACAGGAAAAAACUCAGAUGACAACUGAGUUAAGUAACUCUACAGCCAAAGUUAGCAAGCUUCAGCUGGAGGUAGCCAGCUGCCAGCAGAAGGAAUCACAGCUAAGACAGCACCUUAUAACCAUGCGACAUACCUCGGACGACCUCAAGAAUGAGUUGGAGUCUUGCAAAGCUCAAACUAUUGGAGAUGAAGCAAAGAUUAAGGAAUUAUCAAAAGUUAUUAAGGAUGAUAAACAAUUAAGGAAACAACUAGAAAAUCGAAUAGGUGGACUCGAGGAAGAACUUGCUGAUCUUAAAUCAGAGAGGGAUACCCUACAGAAGCAUUUGUCUGAUCGGAAAAAGAAAGCUGUUUUAGAUAAACAGAAGACUGAAGAAGAGUUUGAUGAGCUGAAGAAAAUGCAUGAGAAAAUUUCCAGAGCUUACAGAAAGGAGGAAAUUGAUUCUUUAAAAUCCAAAUUGAGGCAGCAGAAGACAUCCAAAGAUGUGGCAACCGUUGAACAGAUCUCUCAAGUAGAAAAGGAAAUGGAGAAACAAUGGAGGGAUAAGUGUGAUCGUCUGCUGUUGCAGGCACAGGAGAAACAUGAUAGGAUGUACUCAGAUCUCAAGGAAGAGAGGGAGGAACUCGAGAAACGAUUGGUAGCAACGGAACACAAGUUGGCAAUAUUGAAGUCUUCACAGGGGGAUGAUGCUCAACAGAUAGAACAGCUUAAGGAACAAGUUGACGAGAUGAGGAUAUGGAAAGACAAAUAUAACAGUCUCCAUGGCAAUGCUAUGAGUAUGAAGGAACGAUAUGAGUCGAGGAUACGUGAACUGAUGCAGGAUCUAGAAAGGUCAAUGUCGAACAAACCACAUGGCAGUGUUGUGGAAGAGGUAAAGAAAAUAAUGAACAGUGUGUUUUACUCAUUGCGAGAAGAAUUUGAAGAGGAACGCACUUACAAAGGUACAGAGGUGCUGAGUACAAUUAUGAGCACAAUCAAGGCAGUGACUAUGAAACUUGUCAAAGGGGAACCAGAUAAUGAAGCCGAAAGUGAUGAAGAUGAUGAGGAAGAAAGUAGUGAAGGAGAAGAUGAAGUAGAUGAAGAUGAUGAGGAGGAAAAUGAAUCUUCAGCUGGUAUCCAAAAAUCAUAUACUGAGUCAGUUUCAGCACAGAAGGAGGAAGCUACACCCGUUGGGACAGCAUCUGGACAGUUGCAGCAAGUGCCUGCACCCCCAGAAGAGACUGAAUGCAGUAUUAAUAUGCCAGGCUUGUCAGAGGCUCUGGCAGAUUUAGAAAUCAGGCAGAGGAAGGAAGAAGAAGCAGGAGAAGUAUAUGAACGUGUGACAAAAGUGAAGAAACCAGAUGCUGAUAGUGCUGUGACUAGGCAACCAUCUACACCGCCACCAUCUGCUGAUGAAGAGUCUGAUGAUGAAAACACUUCUCCAGUUGAGCCAAAAGUUAAUACUAUUUCAGAGACAAUGCCAGAACUACCAGAAAUCACAGAAGAAGAAGAGGAGGAGGAGGAAGAAGAAGAGGGUGAAGUGGAUGAAAAGAUUGCAAAGGAGGUUGAAGCAACAGACGAAAAAGCAUCAGAACAGCCAACAGUUCCUUCAACUGAGUCUCCAAACUUAGAUGACCUACCAGAUCAGCUUCCAGAUAUUUCAACAGCUGAGGAUGGUCUGGAGGCAUCUGAACCAGAUAAAGACCUCUCACCAAUAGAGACUCCUCCAGAACUUCCACCAGAGUCACCACCACAGGAUUCACCAGAUUCACCCCCAGAGCUUCCACCUGAACUUCCCCCCGAUGAUGAAAAGCCAACAAAAGCAGCAAACAGUAUCUUUGAUGAUGAUGAGGACGAUGAUAGUGAUUUGUUUACUGCAGUACCAGCCAAAAAGAAGAUCCAAAAGAAACCAGUCUUGGAUAACAAUGAUGACGAUGAUGAUCCAAGGAAGCCUCCACCACCCCUGUUUGGUGGAGCAGAUGAUGAGGAUGAUUUAGACUGGUUAAACACAUAAAGAAGAUACAAGAACCAGUUGUUGGGGUAAUUCAUUAAAGGCAGAAUUAGAGCAAACCUUGUACUCAUAUUAUAACUUUCUAGUUAGAUAAGUAAAUAAGUAAAUCUAUACUGCCACAGAUGUAUCAGUAGUUUCAAUUGGUUUUUGCCAAUCUUUGAAUGGUCCAAUGGUUUUUGUGUAAUAGUGUUCAAAGAUAAAUGGAUUUUUUUUACUGGUUUACAUCCAUAAUAACCACCAAUGGAGAGCAGCAAACAUAGUACAUUGAUUGUAUCUAUGUUACUAAGGUAACUUUAAUCAUUUCUUGGACCUCUUAGCAUCAGCUCAGCAGAAUAAAAAACAAGCCUAUAACUUCCAUUUAAAUGUUUAGUUAAUUUGUUGUGUUAGAAACAAGUUUUUAUUGUAUGUCAAUGUUUGGUUUUUAUGCAAAAUUUAAUGAAAUUAAUUCUUGAUUUAUGUUUAUUUUAAUCUUAGUUAUAAUCAUAGUAACAAUGAUAUUGUUUAUUAUAAAAGGUUGUAUGUCAUGAAUUUGCUAUUUUGAUUAAAUCAGUGCUGUUUACACAUCUCAUGGUUUCAAAUAUUCAUUUAGAUUAGAUGCAAAUAGAACAAAAUAUUAAUAUAAAAAAACCUGCACUAUUUUGGCAGAAUGUCAAGAACCAAAUAAAUAUGUGCUGUUUAAUACUCAAAUAGAAAUUUAGCUAAAACAAAUUAACAAAUAAGGUAUUAAUAACGACAUUAACCAGAUAUGUAAAUAACCAGAUAAGAAAUCAAUUAAACUAGAGUAUAACCAGAUAAGAUAUUUAUGAGAUCGGAUAUUAACCAAAUGAAUGGACAAUUGACAAGAUAACAAACAGAUUCACCAAAUGACAGACAUGUAAAUUGCUACAUGAUAUUGCCGACAGACACUGGUGACACUACAUACUAUGUUUAAUCAGAGAGCCUUCCCUAUUGCUUUGGGAAAGCUACACAAUGUAAGAGUUGUGGUUAAAACAUGGUAGCGUCAGUGUAGCAUCAGUGUAGCAAUUUUAUGGGAACCAAGCUUAACCUGAUUAUUUUGAAAAUUAGCCUGAUAAAAAUUCAUCAUAGGUUAACCAGAUAACAAAUUAAACAGAUUAUUGAUGAGAUUAACCAGAUAAGAAGUUCACAUUAGAGAUUGGAGCAUCAUCAACCAGAUCAGAGAUUAACCAGAUAAGAAAUUAAUAAAUAAUAACUCAGUACUUAACAAGUCCUUAGCCACUAUUAAAUUGUGAAAUAUUUUAUUGAUGCAAAAUAUUGUUUUUAUUUCAUAUACAAUAUAUAUUUUGAAAUUUUUUUUUCCCACUUGUUUUUUUUAUUAGGCAAGUAUGAUAUGUAUGCAGUUCUUUCAAUAUAAAUGAUUAUGACUAGAUGAUUGAAUUGGACCAUUUCAGUGUAAUAGUAGUUACAAGAGUAAUUUUAACUUUUUAUAUUAAGGGAUUACUUCUGUUUAAGGAUGCAUUUAAAUAUUAGACAGUGUCACUGCCUUUUUAAAAUAUUGUGUGGCAUAUCCAAUCAUGUAAUCAACUUGUAUUUGCUGAGGUCUUUCCUGGUCUCUUAUAAACUGGGGACUGGAGCUUUUCACCUGAAAGCACUCUGGUCAAGGAUCUGUAUUAGGAGUGCUGGGUAGUAGUAUCAGGGGCUUGAGGCCCAUGUCACGCAUUUUGACUGGUGGGUUUUGGGCUGCUCGAAACCCCACCCCUUCCCCCAGACCGUUUCUGACGGUCAUUGCGCCACUGUCUUGUAUGUACCAACAAUCAAAAUUUGUAUUCUGACAACACAUUCAGAUCAAGUUUAUUAUUUAAUAUAUUGCUUUAUUAUAAUCUAUAAUAUAUAUACAAUAUAUAUGAUUUAUUGAAUUAAAUUCAAGAAGUUUGUCUGAUAUAAAACAGUUAUAAACGUUGCGAUGGUUAUCACAAGCAAUUGUAGACAUUUUAGCAGUAGUUUGCCAUAGACAGGUAUUGAAACAUUCCAAGAAGAGAGCUCUCAAUGUAACUUGUGUACAAUAACUAUUAAUUUGAUUACACUGUGCCGUCUACAUAGUGUUUUGCAAUCAAAAUCAAUUUGACAAACUAAAUAAAGAAAAACAAAAUAAGGAAAU